AUGGACAAGAACAUGGAAAAUAGGCCUGCAUCUUCGGCCGCGCAGCAAGGUCAGAGACGAAAAGUCCGGACGCGAAUAAGCACUGCGUGCACACGGUGCCAGAAACGGAAAAUCCGAGUAAGCUCUUCCCGCCAGCCGCUUCACCACUGCCUUGCGGGCAGAGGAAAAGCAGAACCGACGUCCCCCUCUGGUGUGCACAUGCUGACAGAGUCACAGUGUGAUGCCUUGUCGCCAGCUUGCAGCGCUUGUCAGCGAGCAGGCGUGCCAUGCAUUGGCGGAGGGCUGUCACGUGACUUUUCACAAAGCUACGUGGUCGAACUAGAGGCUCGAGUCAAGUGGCUUGAAUCAAUUAUUCAAGAGCACGUACCUAGCAUCGACUUGACUGCUGGGCCAGGCCAAUCACCUAGCAUUGACGGUAGCAAUCCAUCUAGAGACGGGAAUCCACCACAGUUUACACAAAAGAGCCACGAACCUAGAGAUGUUGAAUCGGCUAACCAGAUAGCUGAUCAAAUUGGGCUUAUCUCCAUCACCACUGGGACAGAUCUUCGUUACUUGGGCCCGUCGAGUGGGCUAUUUUUCACCAAGUUCGUCUUGGCUGGACUGGGAAAGCGACUUCAUGCCGAUACGCCCACUGGUCUAGAUGCCAAAACCGACAGCGUGCCUGUCCCGUCAGACCUCUUGGUUCCGCAACCGAAAGAGCUGCCCUCCGAUCAAAGCCAUACGCGAUGGCUCUCCAAGGCUUAUUUCGACACUGUUCACGUUCAAUUUCCGUUUUUACACGAGCCCUCGUACUCGGAGACCAUCGAAAAGAUCUACGGCGACGCUGAAGUCACCGUGGUGCAUGAGUUCCAGGCGUUUAUGGUUGUCGCAAUAGGUGCAUCCAUACUGUCGCGCCGGGCCAGGGUCAUGUUAUCAGCCGAGGCCUACUUCGCUUCUGCCAUGAAGCUCAUGGAUGGUGUAAUGAAGAUUUCAUCAGUUGGCGUCGCGCAAUGCAUCUUGCUUCUUCAGAUGUAUGCCCUCAACAACCCAACAUCAGGCUUGAGCCUUUGGACCCUUCAUCACCAUGGACUGGCGCUGGCAAUAGAGCUAGGGCUGCACCGAAAUGUGCCGGUGAGUAAUUCCACACCCCUCGAAAGGGAGGUCCGCCGCCGGAUCUUUUGGUGCACAUAUACAAUGGAUCGACUCUUGAGCACCCUGAUGGGACGACCGAUGGGCGUGGUCGAUGAGCAGUGCGACCUCAAUUACCCGUUGGACGUCGAUGAUGAUCAGCUCAAGACAGGGCAUCCGAGCCCUCGCCAAAGCAACGAACCGCUCACCAAUAUGACCAGCGCCAUUCAUCUUUUCAAACUUGCUAGGUUCAAUAGCGAAAUCAAAUGUGUCCUGUACUGCGUCGAUCGACAAUAUCCCCCAUACACGCAGCCGGCUAUCACGGAUGCAGAGAACUGGAAAGUCGACAUUCUGACCCGCUUGCGGCAAUGGAGAGAAGAUAUCCCCAAACACCCAGAAGCGAGUACACGGCAGCACAUUAAUCUCUUGUGUGAAAUCAAGUAUCAUGAACUGGUCAUGCUGGUUCUGCGACCAAACCCUAGAUUCCGGGAUCCUGACAAGGCGUCCAUUCGGGAGUGCUUUUCUAGCGCCAUGGCCUGCAGCGAACUCUACCACCAGCUGUACGUCGCAAACUCGCUCCACUACGGAUGGGUUAGUGUCCAUUCCCUCUUUUUGUGCUUAAUGGUCAUGUUCUACUGUGUUUGGACACCCCAGGGGAUUGCCGACGAAACCGAUCUUGACUCCCUGAUGCGGGCCUUGAAGGUUUCAUCAGACGUCCUCAGUGCCAUGGGGGAGUACUGGCCAGAGGCAAAAAGAAGUCGCGAUGUCCUCGACCGUGUUUUGAUGGCAACAAUACGACGAUUCACCCGGCACUCGAAUAGAGUACAAAACAACCCUAUCUCCCUGGGCUCACACGCAUCCACGGCUGUCCCAUCGCUUCUACCCUCAGACCACACUGCCAGUAGUAGCGACAUAGACCCGUCUUCAAACAGUGUUCCACCAGUUCUAAUUGAGGAUGCCGGAGUGGGCGAUGUUCCAUUUGACUUUAACUACGGAGGCCCAGAAACUUCAUUCACAUCUGCGGAUGUACUCUCUCACUUUCUGAGCUCUGGUACAGAUGUGAUAAUGGGCGGCUCUUAUGAUUUUGAACAGAGUGGGUAUAGAGAGACUCUGGGUGGGUUUGGCGAAGGUCUGUGGGAUUUUGAACGCCCCUAUUAG